AGUGACGAUCGUUGUGCAUAGUAUUCAUCUAUAUAUAAUAAUAUAUUGCCUAAAAUGGGAACUCAUACAUGCACAAUUCACUGAUUUUAUUCAUUCAUCAACCAAAAUGGCAACAACAACAACUCAACUUGGAACUCAAGGAUUUCAGGUUUCAAAACUUGGUUUCGGAUGUAUGGGACUCAGUGGUGCCUAUAAUCAUCCUCUUCCUGAACAAGAUGCUAUUUCUGUUAUUCACUAUGCAUUCACCAAAGGAAUCACUUUUUUUGAUACUUCUGAUCUUUAUGGAGUCGAUGGUUCCAAUGAAAUUUUGGUUGGAAAGGCUUUGAAGGAAUUACCUAGAGAAAAGAUCCAGUUAGCCACAAAAUUUGGUAUAUCUAGAGGAGAUGGACCUGGCUUCAGCAGUGUCAGCAUCAAGGGUUCGCCGGAGUAUGUGCGCUCGUGUUGCGAAGCUAGCUUGAAACGUCUUGGUGUUGAAUACAUUGAUCUCUAUUAUCAACACCGAGUUGAUACAUCUGUGCCUAUUGAGGAUACAGUAGGUGAACUUAAGAAACUGGUAGAAGAGGGAAAAGUGAGGUACAUUGGACUAUCUGAAGCUAGCGCGGAUACCAUAAGGAGAGCACACGCCAUUCACCCAAUCACAGCUGUACAAAUAGAGUGGUCUCUCUGGACUCGCGACAUUGAGGACGAGAUAGUUCCUCUAUGCAGAGAGCUUGGUAUUGGAACCGUACCAUAUAGUCCUCUGGGUCGUGGUUUCUUUGGUGGCAAAGGAAUUCUGGAAGCCGUGCCUGCAGUUAGCAACCUGACAUCUUAUCCUCGCUUCCAAACCGGGAACUUGGAGAAGAACAAAAGCAUCUAUGAUAGGAUUGAAAGUCUUGGCAAGAAACAUGGAUGCACUUCUGCUCAGUUAGCAUUAGCAUGGGUUCUCCAUCAAGGCCAUGACGUUGUGCCUAUUCCUGGAACAACUAAGAUUAAGAAUUUGGAUCAAAACCUUGGUGCCUUAUCGGUGAAACUAUCAGAAGAAGAGGUGAAAGAAAUUUCUGCAGCGGUUCCUGUGGAUGAUGUAGCAGGUAGUAGAUACUUCAAAGGAUUUGAUCAAUUAUCCUGGAAGUUUGCUAACACACCUCCAAAAGUUUGAAGAGGCUCUACCUGUCCUGAAGUAUAAAUCCUAUUAAGUUGGAGAAUGUAGCACCAGUCAUGAGUAAAGGAGCAACAAUCAUUUCUGUAUUUGUGUUUGACUCAAUUAUGACCUGGGUGAUGAACAAAUCAUGAUUGGGUGUUGUUUACAUUUGUUCUGCUGUUUUGUUUGAAUAAAAAAAAAGGGAUUUCAAUCAAA